GAGGGAGAAGAGGCUGGAAGACCUUCUAUGCUGUGUUAAAAGGAAUGAUCCUCUACUUACAAAAGGAUGAAUACAAGUCCGACAAGCAGUUGUCAGAAGAUGAUCUGAAGAAUGCCAUCAGCAUCCAUCAUUCGUUGGCUAUCCGGGCAGCUGACUACAGCAAGAAGCCCAAUGUCUUCUACCUGAAGACAGCUGAUUGGAGAAUAUUCCUUCUCCAAGCUCCAAAUGCAGAGCUGAUGCAGUCCUGGAUCACACGCAUAAACCUGGUGUCGGCCAUGUUCUCUGCGCCUCCCUUCCCAGCAGCCAUUGGUUCCCAGAAGAGGUUCAGCCGUCCACUCCUUCCCACCACAUUGACCAGGCUCUCGCUG